AUGAGUCGUUGGAACGACGACGGUGUGGACGACGACACCGCUUCGUCCGAGCAGCCCCACAUCUUCGCACCCUUCUCACCCAUUGAGUCUUCCCAGGCCCUUCUUGCGACUCAUCACAAGCAUGCCAGCCUAGACCGUAGCUUUCUCGACCUCGAAUCCGACGCUGGCGACACCGAUGCCGAUGCAGCGAAGCCGCCACGUUCGCCGACCACGAACACGACCCUCAGCGACUCGGCCGCCUCGGCGCCCGCUCAGCAUGCGCUCUGGCUCGACACCAGCGGCGGUUUCAUCAGUGUUGCAGCCCCCUCUGAGCCGACCCACGGUCCUGACGACCAAAAUGGCCGUGAGCCAGGCCCGAAAACUCGUCGAGUACACCCAGAUUUUGAUCCAAUGCAGCAACAUGUGAAUCGUGAGUUUGUCGCACCGGCCGACCACUUGCACGAUCGGCCGCCCCAAGCCUGCCCCCCGGGGUCCGCCGAGAAUGACAGCUCUCCGGCCGGCCGAGGCUCGCGCUCGGCACCCCAAAGCGAUCGAGCUCCUCUCGCUUCGGACUGACGGAGCUCCUCGGCCUUUCGUCCGCUACUUUGUGCAGAGUUCUUGUUCGACCCCUUGAGACUAUCGAGCGACGGUGACUCUUCGGGUCCACAUUGGAAGGGUAUCGACCUCCUUGGACUCGACACGCCUCCUCUGACGCCCCACAAGCCCUUCUCGUGGCAGUCCGUAGCCCCUUUCGCACGGGGAGCCUCGUCGGUGGUCGGCUCGAGCGCGUCUCCAUCGCCGCCAGAGUCCCCCAUGACCCCUCCACAUCCAGGAGGCUUGAACCACGAAUUCUCCCCGGUUGUGGGGUCCCCUGCCCGUCGUUUGAGCCUCCCCGUUCAGUCGGUGUCGAGGAGGUCGUCGCUGGCGGCGUUUCAAACCUCACCCUCACACUUUGGUACCGAUCGAUUCGAAGCUCUUGUGUCGGCCUUGGACACCUCUCCUCGUUCUAUGAUGCCAAAGCAGUCUACUUGCUCGGCGCCUGGGACACCGGGAGGGGCUCUGAACUUACUCAUCGACGACUACUCUUCCCUUCCUGAUACCAAAUGGAGCUGGCCUGUCCCCUCCAAGACGACGCCGGCCCCGCCUCGCCCGGGCGAUCCAGCCGAUAUCGACUCCACUCCUACGGCCUUGGACCUCGAUGCUCUUAACUUCGCGUUACCUCGGGUAGAUGGUUCCUCGCCCAGCACCGAUCGCUCUCAUGGCGAAGACGAUAGAUCCGAGCCACAAGCCUCGCAGUCGUCGCGUUAUAUCCACGUGAGCGCGACGGUCUCGGAGGAGGCGCGCGCAGCUCGGCUGCAGGAACUCAUCGUCAAAGCGGUGAGUUCGAUAAGGCUGGGUUUUGUCGUUGCGUAGGAAUAGUUUCCUUGCUGAUAACUCAACUCUUCAUGAUAAUUGCAGAAGAAUAUCCCGUCGUACAAAGGCUGGUGCGGAACCUCGGCACGAGGCAUCAUCGUAGUCUUUCAUGACAUUCGUGGUGCGAACGAGUUUAUCGCUCAAAUCGAGUCGCUCCUCAAGUCGAGCCGCGUGUCUGCUUGUCCCAUCAGUCGCAAGAUGUUUGAAGAGGUUCGUGAGCCGUGAUCGCUUCUCCCCUCGUCUCACUCAAUUGAUAUGCUGAUCAGAUGUGGCGCCCAGCAGAUGCUCGAUGUCGAUCCGCUGCUACAAGAGAGCUUACUUUCGCCCUCGGAAGGAGUACUUGCGAUUACCUGCAACGCGCCCUCGCAUCUUCGUGAAUCUUCCGUGCUCACAUUGCUGUCAUCGAUGGGCUCUCUGCGCUCUUUCUCGAUCGUCGAGCUUGGCAUUAUUUUGUGCGAGUACAACGAUGACCGAAGCGCAGAGACGGCGAGGAGGGAGCUGGAUGGUCGGGUACAUGAUGGGAUCAGAUUUCUAUGCACCUUCGAGCCUGCCAUGACGGUAAGUGAUCCCAAGCACUGACUUUGUCUUACGGAUUGAACCCUAAAGCUGACAGCCCACCCUGCUUGCUUAGAAUGCCAUGCAUCUCUACACAUUUGGAAGGAAAGAUCCCAAUUCAACCGCCAGGUGGAGGUCGAUCUCUUCCCCAAGCACAAACUUCACCUCCCGAGACAGCUAUGCUGCUCCCAUCUCCCCUCUCGCUCCCAGUUUCGUCCCGCUCAAAUCCAUCGGCGAAGGAUGUACCCCUCGUGAGGCUCGAGUAGAAUCUCUCGAUGGGCCAGACGGGUUCAAUCGAGGUCCCCAAGACUCGGAGUAUGACAUUGGUGGUGCUCUGGCAAAAUCAGAGGUGACAGCUUCGAAGGUGGGUGCGGGGGUGAGCGCUAGGCAAAUCUGGCCCAGUAGUGUGAAAAGCACUGACAAGUCGAUGCGCGUCUGGCAGUCCGCAUCACAUCGCAGUCUAUCCUUGGCGUCGUCGUCGUCGUUCACGUCUUCGAGUAUCCCGUCUUCUUCAUCAAACACAGCUCCACUAUCCCUACCUCUGACGCACGGCAUCUACCGUGACGAGCGCAUACCUCGCAACAACGUGAUCGACCUCGAAAGGAUCAAGCAGGGGCUGGAUCUUCGCACGACCUUGAUGCUCAAAAACAUCCCCAACAAGCUCAAGGACGUCGAUGUGAUGAAGUUCAUCGACGAGUCGGUGGGACGGUGCUAUCAGUUCCUCUACAUUCGCCUCGAUUGGUCCAGUGGGUGCAAUGUUGGCUACGGCUUUGUCGAUUUCAACUCGGCAAGUCACAGGAAUCUGGCCUCUCCAAAGCGAGACUUGACUGACCUCAUUGCCAUGUCAUGAUGGGUCGUCAAAGGUGGAGGAUCUUGCCCGCUUUGUCCGCGCUCGAGUAGGAACUCGCUGGAACCUCGCAAAUUCAGACAAGAUAUGUGUGGUGAGUGGACGGCUUACAGCAGCGGUGGCCUGUUGUGGUUCGUGAGCUGACUUUCGCUACAAUUUGUGUGCUGCGCAGGCAUCGUACGCGAAUAUCCAGGCAAGCACGAAAUGCCCCUAGGCACGCUUCCUCCUACUGUUUACUGACCAGGGAUACGAACCACUGAAUUUAACGUGCUUAGGGUAAAGCGGGCCUCAUAACGCACUUUCGCAACUCGAGUGUGCUCGACCAAGACGAGGAUCGUCGACCCAAGCUUUUUUACUCUCCCGGUCACCCGCUCGCGGGUCAACCCGAGCCGUUCCCAGGUAGGUCGUUGUGGAAUGUUCAGCAAUGUCAUAUCUUUCUGAUUCCACCUGCUCAUUCAUGAUAUACAGCCUGCGAUGAUCCGGUUCGCCGAGCCCGCAGCGCCGCCAACGCUAUGAAUGUCGGCCUGUUUCCCUCAUCACGACCGACCUUCAAGGUCGCUAAAGCACGUCCGACUCAGAUUUGA